AUGUCUUUUCAAAAUCAGUUCGUCGUGGCGUCCUGUAAAAAUCAACUCAUACCCCAGCAACUUACCAAUAACGUAUUUUUCGGACCACUGAAUACCCUAUCACAGCUCGACUUUCUGCAAACCCACAACAUCAAGUUUUUCGUUGCCGUGGGGAUUCCCACGAGCCGCGUAGCUCAAUACUGCAAGUCCAUGUCAGCGGAACAUUGUUUGGUUGUGAACUUCGAUUCCGAAUUCAGCCCUCAAACCAUGCUUUCACAGUCGGACUUAGACUUAACCUCACAGUACUGUCAAACGCAAUCUAUGUCCUUGGAGCUACUGAGGUCUAGAGUUGCAGCACAAACUGCAACCUAUUACAACUCCGAUCGUGGUUUGACACCACAACCGGAGUUAGAUCAAACAUUGUACCACAGCGCGAACAACUACAAUUGCAAUGUGAUCACUGCGGAAGGCAUCAGCAAGUUUGAGACUUUCAACGACUUGCUCACCUUGUUCAAGCUAUCAAACUCUGGAAAUGUACUGGUUUUUUCUUCCAGUGGUAAUGACCAAGAACUCGUAGCUUUGCUUAUCUCGCAUAUUCUGCAGAAUAACACAGAGACGUCACUCAUGGAGGCUUUCCAGUAUAUCAGAUCCUUAAGGCCGUCGAUCGCAUCAAUCCAGCCAGAUUCAAUAUUUUGGUGUCAAGGUCUCACGGAAUUUGCUGAUAGAAUCAGACUACAAACAACGUUUAGCCAGAAUAAUGAUAAUUCCAUGAACUUAAGCGUUUCCUCCAAUCCAGGAUCCAUUGCCGCUAAGAGGCGAACUUUAGUAUCUUCUGAUGACGAAGAUGACUAUUCCGAUUCAACAAAUAUCACAGUUGGUAGUUUUCAACCGGACCGGUCUGCUUCUGGGACACCAAAGGCCAGGAAAAUUGGCACACGCCUCCCGGAUAUGUAUUGA